UUGGAAACCAAUGGAGAAACUCAAAGGAAAAGCUAAAUAUAAGCCAGGCCUACAGCCAUUUUGAGGUGCUAGAAUCAAGCGGAAGAUCUUCACGCACGAGGACUAUGCACCAGGGCAGGCUGAAACUGAUGAGAUAGCCAAGGAUUUUGACAACCUUUAUGAAUGGAAUAGUAAAGAAGUUGGAGAUUCUGUUGAAAAUAAACGAGGAAAUCCCAAUGUAUUUGCCUAUAACAUUUCUGCCCAAAAGUCUCAGCCUCUACAUAACCCAGACUACUAUAACACUGGAGGGAGAUCUAGCCAAGGGUUGGGUGAGAAGAGGCUCAAAAGGCAACAUAAAGACUUUAACUUAGGCCAAGGACUAGAACAGUCUAUCAAGAACUUACGGAAAUAACCACCAUAAGAUGCCUGCAGAUUUUGAAUUUAGCCCUGAUGACCAGGACUUCAAUAAAGUUAAUAAAUUUGACGACUUAGACCUUGACUUGGACGAAAAUAGUGCAGAAAUUGAGGAGGACUUCCGCAACCUUGACAAGCUAGAUUCUAGCAAGCAUGAGCGCAAUAAUUCCCUAAAUUUGGGCAGUGUCUAUAGCAAAAAUGAGUACCAAUUUGAUGAUAAGGUCUCCAGUGUACAAAGAGACCUCUCUAUUGAUAACUACUCGAACGAGUCUGGAACAGAUAAUGAAAAUGAUAGAUACAAAAGUCUCAUUAAUUCCUCGGACAUGUCAAAUUCUGAGAAUGAUGACAGAAUCGCCCAGCUUGGAGAAUAUAGACAAAAUGGCCUAAUGCGUGACAAAACCAGUGGUAAUUUGAAUAGUCUGAGUAACGGGAUGAUGAGGAUUAAGAGUUCAACCAAAUUAUUUACAAUCCACUCGCCAAAAGAACAGUCUCAUAACUCAUCUGAUUCCUUCUCUCAACUCUCCACAGGUGACUCUGCUUACCCUGUUGAGGCCUUCAAACAAAGGGCAGUGAAGGAAUUCCAUCGGAAAAUAAGUAUUUACGAUAUGAAUCAUGAAUCGAAAGGAUUACGGAAUUGGGGUCCUAGAGUUCCGAAGCAUACUAAACUUACUUACGAGCCUCCAAUAGGGUCAAAAGUGGUGUACUCUCCUCCAAACCAGGACUCAUCACGAGGACAAAAUUUCAUUAAGAAGACGAGACCAAAGGUGACUAACUACCAUCAGUCAAAAGAUUCAGUGGUCUCAGAUUGAAGCGAGAAUAUAACUGCUGAUGAAGGAUUUGCUAUAACUUUUCCUAAAGAGUCACCUAUCCAGGGAUCCAGAAUCAACUAUUUACCUGUGAAUAAGCCUUUUAACAGGAAGGAGUACAUCAAGCCACAGUCGAUGUUGAACCCGGCUAGUAGAUACAGCUAUCUUCAGGUUAGGAAGAACAGACCUGAGCUUUAUAGUAGGGUUAACUAG